AUGGCGAAAUCGAGCUGGCGUAAAUCCCUGUUCACCGAACGACCAAAAGAAUGCCCACAGUUGAAAGUGAAACUCAAUCAGGAAACGAGCGAGGAUUGUUUGUUUUUAAAUGUCUUCGGGCCAACGAAAGCGUAUUCCCACGAACUCCUCCCCGUUCUCGUUUACAUCCACGGUGGAGCGUACAAAUUCGGGACGGGAAACCAGUUCGAAGUGGAGAAUAUGGGGAAUUUGUCGAAACAGGGAUUUGUCGUCGUUACACUGCAAUAUCGAUUGUCGACACUUGGGUUUUUCCAUGUCGACGGUUCUAAACUUUUCCCGGCGAAUCUCGGUCUUCACGAUACUCAUUUAGCACUUCAGUUCAUCUCAAAACAUAUCAAGGAAUUUGGCGGUGAUCCGAAGCGCAUCACACUCAUCGGCCAGUCAGCUGGAGCUUGCUCAGCGCACGCGCUCUCCAUUUCACCGAAUGUCAACAAAGAACUUUUCCAUCGAGUCAUUCUGAUGUCGGCUGUUGUUGAAGUCUGCUACAAUGGAACGGGCAGUGGUGUGUCGCCGAGCGCUGUCGCUGCUAAAGAGCUUUGCAAUAUCGAUCUCAAUGAGGAUUUCGAUGACGAAGUGCUUUUCAAGUGCCUCAACGAAGCCCCAUUAGCUAAAGUGGAAAAUGUUGAUCAGUUUGAAAAACACGAGAAGAACUGGGUUCUCUUCACGGAUGGGCAUUUCUUCCCCGAACACUAUAGAUUGAUGAAUCGAUCGACGAGAGGACACGACUAUUUGAUUGGAGUGACGAGUGAUGAAUGGGCUUUCUUUGAGAACCUAUUUGCCUAUGGCUUUUCUCGAAAAGAUUUCACGCCUAAACGCUUCGAGGAAACCGUUCAAAAAUACAUGGGAAUCGAGAAAAAAGAAGAAAUUGAUUUAUUGAAAGAAUUCUAUACGAAAGAAGAAAUAAAAGGAGAAGAUGUUCAAAGUUAUUGGUUCGAAAAUGUGGUCAAUUCGAUGACCGAUUUGGCCUUUCACGUGCCAAUUCUGGACGAGAUCCACCGUCUAAUGUCAGCCACUAAUCCGCCAAACAUUUACCUCUACACUUUUAAUAUCACCGCUCCUUCAUUCAAUCAAGGAUAUCACGCAUCUCACUGCUCCGAUCUUCAGUACAUUUUCGGCGACUCGAAGACAAUCGCUGAUUAUCCCUAUUUCCAGAGCACAAUUCUCGGAUUCGCCAAGAAUGGG